UGACAGUCGUUUUUUAGCUCCCGCCUCCGCACAGAUGUGUGUGUGUGUCGUGGAUUUAUGCCCCAUUCCUAACGACGAGCCGAACCUAGGGAGGUUGUUUGCUCUUGUUUUCAUGCGCUUGACUCGUACGCUGCGAAUGCGACGGGGUGUGGCCCUUGCUGUGGCCCCUCGAGCCUCCUUGGACGUCAACCUCUUCUCGGACUGAUGUCCAGCAACAGAUUCUGGAGGCACCUCAAGCCCUGCAGAAGAAUGAACUGCUUCGGCCAAGGUUUUUCAGGGUCCCACAAAGUCCACGUUUUCGAACUCUUUACCAUCUGCGAGGCACUGCGAUGCACUGCGAUGCAGGAAGAAGCCCCGAGUACCACGAUCCCGGCCUCCCGGCCGAAACGAUGUUUCUCUAUUGUCAUGACUGGGGAAAACUCUCUUGGUCGAGCCGCUACAGACUCGAUAAAGCCAGAUUGGGUUUCUUCCUCAAUUGGUUUGGCUCCGACAAUUCUUCCUUUUGGGCCGAUGGAAGAUGGAAGAACAAUGGACAAGAGUGAACGGCCCAGCCUUCUGCAGCCGACGUCUCAUCUCUGGUCCUGCUGGUCAAGGAAAACCGUUUUCUCCCUCACAUCCUGUGGCCUCGCGAGCGAUGUGUUCGUGCAAGUGUGCGUGCGCCCUCCCCCCUUGGCCGCCUGGGCCACGGAACCGGGGCGGCCGAAUCCAAGCAGGGCAACCUGACCUGACAUGGCGUGGCAAAAGCGGCCAGCGGCCGGUCAGAGUCCCCUGUAACCGUAGC